AUGCUUCGUCUAUGGAUAUCUUUGCAAGGUCUGCUGCUUGCGCCAGGUGCUCACGAGGCAGGCUCCGCCAGAUGUGCUCAGGUCGGGAAACGGCUCGGCUUGAACCUAACAGACUUUUGGACGCUGUCAAGGAAGCAUCUCGUGCACAAAUCGAACGAGCGUGAGAGCGAGAGGCGUCUUGAGACUAGUGCGAAUGCGGUGUCUAGGCUGAUCAACUACUUGCUGCCACAACCCUGCCCUUGUGCGGUUGUUGUGUCUUCGGCGUGGCUAUACAACACAUGGAUGCAAAGUCUGGAUCAUAUUGCGUACACCAGGAAUGCUUACGAGCACAUCUGGCACGCACUUUUCUUGGAAGAGAAGAUUCUUCAGGAAUCGUUGGUUCGAUGCAACUUCAAUGCUGCCCAUGGCUGGCCGGUGAGAGCUGCGUUACAGCUCUACAACCAGGCGGGCAAGGAGGUGAAGCAAAGGAUCGCGGACAUAGAUGCCUUUUAUACUGGCUGGGGAUCUCAAGUAACUAUCACGGAUGACCAGCAUCUUCAGGCGCUAGCGGAUGCAUCUGCGAUCUUCGGCCACUUGAAGCUUGAGUGGUGGCCUUGUCGCGGGACACUGAUCGCCUUGAUGCGCCACGGCAAGAGAAGUGGCCUGCUGUCCAAAGGCAAAGUGGAUGCUGUUGACCAUGAUAUUGAUCUCAUGGUGGCUUUGCCUUCUCCCCAGCACUGGCCACAGAUCCGCGCCUCCAUCCGCCGCAUGUUGCUGGAACGAGGGUGGGAAACCUGUAUUGGUGGGCACUCAACCGAGAAGAGAACUGCAUUGGCACGGGCCAAUGCCCACGAAGAUAUGCUGAUGUGUACAAAGGGAAACCCGAGAGUGGAUCUCGAUAUUGCUACCUACAUCACUGAGGGUUCGGUCUUGUUUGCCCAGAAGUACUGUUUACCCCAGAGCCUGGGAUCAGCCUGCUGGUUUCCUGAUGAUGGCACUUUCCACGGAAGUCGCGGGAAACUACGUGUUGCUGCUGUCCGACCCCUCGGCCGUUGCAAGGCAGGGACGCUGUCAAUUCCAUGCCCAAGAAAGCCCCUCGAGGUACUAAAAGCCUCCUCACCUCCUUGGGCCAACAUAAGCUGCGUGGCACUGCCAGACGUGGCAGACCGAAUCCAGCAUAGCAAUUACGCAAGUGUGAGGAACAGCUGGUUAUCUGAAGGUUUGACCCCCGAGGAUGUGGACAUUUUGCGUGCCCGUGCUGCCGAGCUGGACAGGGAAGGCUACAUGUCAAUGACUCCUUAUUUUGACAACUGCUGGACGCAUACUAGGGCUGCAUGA